CUGACUGGGGUGCCUGCAGACCUCAGUACGCUGCAGCGCCUAAUUUACAAAUAAAAACAAAAAAGUUUUUAACGAACCUGACUUUGUAACGACAGCAUAAAAUGAAUUUUGUUUAUUUUUUUCUGUUAACCUCACAAUGCUGAUACAGGCACAUGUAGAACAUAUCUUUGGGUUAACGAGUAAUUUUGUCUAGUGAACAUUAGCUAUCUCAGCUAACCUUAACAUUAGUUUGCCUGGAUGACUUGAGCUGUAGCAGUUUAGCUGCUAGCAUUCAACAGAUACAGCAAGCUGGCUGAAACCAAAGCGUACCAAAUCUGAAGUUAGAUCAAGAAAGUAUGUCGGACUCGGACAGUGACGAGGAUCAGGAUCGACCUUUCUCUCUAACUGGAUUCCUCUUCGGAAACAUCAAUGAAGAUGGACAGCUAGAGGAUGACAGUGUUCUGGACAAUGAGUCCAAAAAGCAUUUGGCUGGUUUGGGUAGUCUGGGUCUGGGCUCACUCAUUACAGAGAUCACUGCCAACGAGGAGGGGGAUCAAGAUGAAAACAGAGACGCUGGUAGUGUGGAUGCAGAAGGUUGGGUGAAAAGCACGGACGAUGCAGUGGAUUAUUCUGACAUUAGCGAGGUUGCUGAGGAUGAGACAAAAAAGUACCGCCAGGCCAUGGGGUCUUUGCAGCCCAGCAGGAAAACAGAUGACGAGGAUGACUAUGAUGCUGACUGCGAGGAUAUUGAUUCUAAGCUUAUGCCUCCUCCACCACCACCAAGUCUUCCUACAGCUGCUAAGAAAGAGGAACCGUCCUCUCCGAGCACAAAUGUUGGGGAAGAGGGGGAUGGCAUCAUCCUGCCCUCCAUCAUUGCACCAUCUUCCACGGCUGAUAAGGUUGACUUCAGCAGCUCCUCAGACUCUGAGUCAGAGACUGACCGUCCCUGCCAGGGUUUGGGGUCUGGAGGCCCCCCCGAUAGUCUCAACCUCCCUCUUGCUGGCAUCAUGCAAAAAGAUGCUGCCAAAGCGCUUCCUGGUGUCACACAGCUCUUCCCAGAGUUUAGGCCUGGAAGGGUGCUUAGGUUCUUACGACUGUUUGGUCCUGGUAAGAACAUGCCAUCCGUUUGGAGGAGUGCCCGCAGGAAGAAGAAGCGGAAGCACAGAGACCCUCACCCUGGGACACCACCUCCAGAAGGAGAGUCCACAGAGCAAAGCCAGGAGAAGAAGUCUGGAUGGCUGUACGAGUACGCACCCCCUCCACCCCCAGAGCAGUGUCUCUCUGAUGAUGAGAUAACCAUGAUGGCCCCAGUAGAAUCUAAGUUCUCACAUACUUGUGGUGAUGGGGACAAGGAGGCAGAGUCUCGACCUAAAGUAGCAGAAUGGAGAUAUGGUCCAGCCCAGCUCUGGUACGACAUGCUAGGCGUCUCUGAGGAUGGAAGCAACUUCAACUACGGCUUAAAGCUAAAAGAACACCAGAGCAGUGAGCCUCAGGAGCAGGACACACAAAAAGAAAUAACAGAGACUGCACAUGAGUUUCUGAGGCGGGAGGCCAAUGAUGAUAAUGAUAAUGAUAAUGAAGAUGAAGAUAAGGAUUUAUCAGCCCUUGAGAAUGAGCUCUUCCUGAUGGUCACUCAACUGAAAUGGGAGGAUGAUAUCAUCUGGAAUGGGGAGGACAUAAAACACAAGGGCACAAAGACUCAGCGGGCCAGCCUGGCAGGAUGGCUGCCCUCUAGCAUGACCCGCAAUGCCAACGCUUAUAACGCCCAGCAGGGUCUAACAAGAAGUAAUUCCCAGUUGGUGCCACCUACGCCUCCCCCCAUGCCCAAACUUUCUUCAAUCUCUGGCUCUAAGCGUGAAAAAAACAGCCAUGAAAAUCAAUCCUUUCUGGAAGAAGACUCUCCCUGGUUCUCCAUUUUUCCCAUUGACAGUGAGGAGUUAGUGUAUGGACGCUGGGAAGAUAACAUAAUCUGGGAUGACCAGGAGAUGGAUCACAUGCUCAUGCCACCUGUUCUUACACUGGAUCCCAAUGAUGAAAAUAUCAUCCUAGAAAUCCCUAAUGAAAAGGAGGAGAUGACUUCCCACUCCCCGUCAAAAGAGAAUAAGAAGGAAACAGCAAUCAAAAAGAGCCGCAUCCUGCUGGGGAAAACUGGGGUGAUAAAAGAUGAGCCACAGCAGAACAUGUCCCAGCCUGAACAAAAGGACCCCUGGAACCUCUCCAAUGAUGAGUUCUACUAUCCUAAACAGCAAGGCCUGAGGGGGACUUUCGGUGGCAACAUCAUUCAGCACUCCAUCCCUGCACUGGAGCUGAGGCAGCCCUUCUUUCCCACUCACAUGGGGCCCAUGAAGCUGCGCCAGUUUCAUCGACCGACUCUGAAGAAAUACUCAUUUGGGUCUUUGGCUCAGCCUGGUCCCCAUCCUGUCCAACCACUGCUCAAACACAUUAAGAAAAAGGCCAAGAUGCGAGAGCAGGAGCGACAGGCAGCAGGAGGAGGAGACAUGUUCUUCAUGCGAACCCCACAGGACUUGACGGGUAAAGAUGGAGAUCUGAUCCUGGCCGAGUACAGUGAAGAAUACCCCCCUCUCAUCAUGCAAGUCGGCUUGGCCACUAAGAUCAAAAACUACUACAAAAGGAAACCUGGAAAAGAUCCUGGAGCACCCGACUGUAAAUAUGGAGAGACUGUGUACUGCCACACAUCCCCUUUCCUGGGUUCUCUUCAUCCUGGACAGCUGCUCCAGGCAUUUGAAAACAACCUUUUCCGUGCUCCUAUCUACCUGCACAAGAUGCCAGAGACGGAUUUCUUGGUUCUGCGAACGCGACACGGCUACUACAUUAGAGAGCUUGUGGACAUUGUUGUAGUUGGUCAGCAGUGUCCCUUAUUUGAGGUUCCAGGGCCCAACUCCAAACGAGCCAAUACUCAUAUCCGAGACUUCUUACAGGUGUUCAUUUACCGCUUGUUCUGGAAAAGCAAGGAUCGGCCCAGGAGAAUCCGCAUGGAGGAUAUAAAGAAAGCUUUUCCUUCACACUCAGAGAGCAGCAUCAGAAAACGACUAAAACUCUGUGCUGACUUCAAACGUACAGGGAUGGACUCUAACUGGUGGGUGCUUAAGCCUGACUUCCGAUUGCCUACAGAGGAGGAGAUAAGGGCCAUGGUGUCUCCAGAGCAGUGCUGUGCUUACUAUAGCAUGCUUGUGGCAGAGCAGAGACUCAAGGAUGCUGGAUAUGGUGAAAAAUCUUUCUUUGCUCCAGAAGAGGAGAACGAAGAGGACUUUCAAAUGAAAAUUGAUGAUGAGGUGCGGACAGCUCCUUGGAACACAACAAGAGCCUUCAUUUCUGCCAUGAAGGGGAAAUGCCUGUUGGAAGUUACAGGCGUGGCUGAUCCUACAGGCUGUGGAGAGGGUUUCUCCUACGUCAAAGUGCCCAAUAAGCCUACUCAACAGAAGGAUGACAAAGAGCCACAGCCUGCCAAAAAGACAGUGACGGGGACGGACGCUGAUCUGAGGAGACUCUCACUGAAGAAUGCCAAGCAGCUGCUGCGCAAGUUUGGUGUUCCAGAGGAAGAGAUCAAGAAGCUCUCACGCUGGGAGGUGAUUGACGUGGUGAGGACCAUGUCCACAGAGCAGGCGCGUUCAGGUGAGGGACCCAUGAGCAAGUUUGCCAGAGGCUCUCGUUUCUCCGUUGCGGAACACCAGGAACGCUACAAGGAAGAGUGCCAGAGGAUCUUUGAUCUGCAGAACAAAGUGUUAGAGUCGACAGAGGUGCUCUCCACAGACACAGACAGCAGCUCGGCGGAGGACAGUGACUUUGAGGAGAUGGGGAAGAACAUUGAGAACAUGCUUCAGAACAAGAAGACCAGCUCCCAGCUUUCCCGCGAGAGGGAGGAGCAAGAGAGGAAGGAGCUGCAGAGGAUGCUAAUGGGAGAGGAGAGUGACCGUGACCACAAGGGACGCAAGGAGCGGCGCAAAGGCUUGUCCAGCUCCUUAUCCACCAGUUCCCACAAGGAUGACGACACUUCCUCCGUCACCAGCCUAAACUCUUCAGCCACAGGACGGCGUCUCAAGAUCUAUCGCACCUUCAAGGAUGAGGACGGCAAGGAAUAUGUUCGCUGCGAGACAGUUCGCAAGGCUUCUGUUAUUGACGCCUACACCAGGAUCCGAACUACCAAGGAUGAUGAAUUCAUACGAAAGUUUGCCCUCUUCGAUGAGCAGCACAGAGAGGAGAUGAGAAAGGAGCGCCGGCGUAUUCAGGAGCAGCUGAGGAGGCUGAAGAGAAACCAAGAGAAAGACAAGAUCAAGGGACCUCCAGAAAAGAAGGCCAAGAAGGUCAAAGAGAGACCAGACCUCAAGUUAAAGUGCGGAGCGUGUGGAGCCAUUGGACACAUGAGGACCAACAAGUUUUGCCCGCUGUACUAUCAGACCAACGCCCCACCUUCUAACCCAGUUGCCAUGACAGAGGAGCAGGAGGAGGAGCUGGAAAAGACCGUCAUCCACAACGACAAUGAGGAACUGAUCAAGGUGGAGGGCACCAAAAUUGUGUUGGGAAAACAACUCAUUGAAAGUGCUGAUGAAGUACGCAGAAAGUCUUUAGUGCUCAAGUUCCCCAAGCAACAGCUCCCACAGAAGAAGAAGCGACGCGUUGGCAACGCUGUGCACUGUGACUACCUCAAUAAACCCCAUAAGGCCAUCCACCGCAGACGCACGGACCCCAUGGUGACAUUGUCUUCUGUGCUAGAGAGCAUCAUCAAUGACAUGCGGGAUCACCCUAAUACAUAUCCAUUUCACACACCAGUGAAUGCUAAGGUUGUGAAGGACUACUAUAAGAUCAUCACACGGCCAAUGGACCUGCAGACCCUAAGGGAGAAUGUACGUAAGAGACUGUACCCAUCCAGGGAGGAGUUCCGUGAAGCAGUGGAGGUUAUCGUCAAAAACAGCGCCACCUACAAUGGGGCGAAACAUCCAAUAACACAGGUAGCACAGUCCAUGCUGGAUCUGUGUGAUGCUAAACUGAAAGAGAAGGAGGACAGGCUGGUAAGGCUGGAGAAAGCCAUCAACCCCUUGCUGGAUGAUGAUGAUCAAGUGGCCUUCUCUUUCAUUCUGGACAACAUUGUGACCCAGAAAAUGAUGGUGGUCCCCGAUUCAUGGCCAUUUCACCAUCCUGUCAACAAAAAAUUUGUGCCCGACUAUUAUAAGGUGAUUGUAAGCCCAAUGGAUCUGGAGAACAUCCGCAAGAACAUCUCCAAACACAAAUACCAGAACCGAGAUGCGUUCCUUUCAGAUGUCAGUCUCAUUCAUGCCAACAGUAUCAAGUACAAUGGCCCAGACAGUCCUUACACCAAGACAGCCCUGGAUAUUGUCAAUGUGUGCAAGCAAACCUUGGCAGAGUAUGAUGAGCAUUUGACUCAGUUGGAGAAGGACAUCUCUACUGCUAAAGAGGCAGCUUUAGACGCAGCUGACUUGGAGAGUCUGGACUCAAUGAUGCCUGGGCCAUACACACCACAGCCUGCUGAUCUGUUUGACAGCGGUGCUUCAGGGAGUCUGCCCAGAGAGACCAGCAGCAUUUUCUCUGAGGGACCUCUAGGGGUUACUCCAGAGAAGAGAGGGGGGCAGGGUCGCCACGGCAGAAGACCUGGGGAGGAAGAGUCAGAUGUGGACAUUGAAGGCUUUGAGGAGGAAGAUGAUGGCAAACCCAAAACUCCUGCUCCUGCAGAGGACGCAGACAGAGAUCUAGAGGACGACGAUGAUGAAGAGGACAUGUUGUUGCCACCUCGCAGACGGGUGCACGACCAGGAGGACGAGGAGGAAGAUGAGGAGGAGGAAGAGGAUGAGCAAUUAUCAUCAAUAUCCUCUGUUAACAUAGUUCUAGCCUUUGUGUUGUGUGUGACAUUUGCCCUGAUUCGUUGCGUGUCCCCUCCAGCCAUACAGCUGUCGGAGAGUGGUAGCGAUUCUGACAGAGAGUUGGACGUGCGACCUGCACCCCCGCGGAGAGCUCAAGAGACGGCCCGCAUGGGCAUGGAGCAAGAUGAGAGCAUGAUGUCAUAUGAAGGUGACGGGCCUGAUGGGCCUCACAUGGAAGACAGCAAUGUCAGUUACGGCAGCUAUGAGGAGACCGAGAGCCGGAGUCACCUGCAGCCCUCUAGCAUGGGGAACGGAGAAGACUACGGCAUCAGCGAAGAGGAGGAGGAAGAUGAAGAAGAUGAAGCACGGAGGAGAGGCCCAGCUGUGCUCUCCCAGGUCCAGCUCAGUGAGGACGAGGAGAGCGAAGAAUUCAGAUCUAUAGGGGGAGACAGCGACAUGGACUCUGACAUCUAGUCUGUAGUCAGUUUUUUAUCCGCGGUAUAAAGAAGACAAUGUUUAUAAUCACAUUUUUAAAAUGGAGAAACUGAGACUUUGUCAGGAAACGUUUGUACAUACUUAUUUUGUAAAUGAUGGUUAAUGUUUAUAGCUUCCUCUUCCAGGGUUAGCUCUGUUGUACCUACAGUAUAGGGACACACAGCACAUUGUAAAUUUCAUUUUGCCUUUUAUACGUUGAAUGAAUAUCAUGUAUCUUGACAUGAAAGUGCGUGUACAGUUUUAACUCAUUAAUAUCUUGCGCAAACAAAUUAGCAACUCUACUUUUUCUAUCCCAGUUCUUGAUUUCAAAAUGGAAUAAACAUACUGAAGGUUAAAAGACAGCUCUCUCU